AUGUGUGGUGUCGUCGCCGUGGGCGGUGCGAGGCGCGUUAAUGAUGGAAGACGUAGUCGCGCUUCGCGGGUUGCUGGACGCAGGCGCAGCCCCCGACGAACCGUGCGGCUACUUAAACGAGACGCCCCUCCACUUGGCCGCCGCCUGCUGCAACUUCAACUGCGCACUCGAGCUGCUGCUGCGCGGCGCCAACCCCAACGCGUGCGACAGAAACGGAGAGACGCCGCUGCACAGAGCGGCGGCGCACGGCAGCGCGUCCGUGCUGUGGCUGCUGCUGCACCACGGCGGCGCGAGCGUGGACGCGCGCUGCUGCCGCCAGGAGACGGCCCUGCACCGCGCCGCCCUCGGCGGCCACGCCCACUGCGCCGAGGUCUCCGCCCGCUGCACUACGCCGCUACGACUGGCAACUACAAAAGCAUUCGGCUGCUGGCCGACUGCGGGGCUGACAUCAACGCGCGCACCGGAAACGGAAACACCGCCCUGCACAUCGCCUCAUCGCGCGACAGCCCGACGUGCGUGGAGGAGCUGGUGCGGCACGGGGCGGACCUGCACGCGCCUGACAAACGCGGCCUGACGCCGCUGCACGUGGCCGCUGCGCACGGCCGCGUCGAGGUGCUGCGCGAGCUGCUGCGCCUGGGCGCGCGCACCGACCUGCGCGCGCAGCAAAUCACGCCGCUCAUGAUCGCCGUGGAGAGGCGAGACGAGGAGUGCGGACGAGCGCUCAUCGAGGCAGGAGCAGAUGUGUCUGGAGGCACUCUUUUGGGAUAUUUGAAUCUGCUGAGUCAUAGAGAAAGCCCUCAGAACACACAAGAAGAUCAAAAUGAUAAUUUACUCAGUAGUACAUAGUAUUACAACAAGUAUAUUAUAUUAUUAAAAUCUUUCUUUUCCUUGAUCGGUAUUGAAAUGCAUGUAAACUAUCCUAGUUUUGGUAAAUAGUAUUAUUUUGUUGUUGACAAGAGCAAUUAUAUUUUUUAUUCUUGCUUAUCAGUAUUAUUAGACAUAUUCAAUUUUUCUUAAUAUUUUAGAUAAAUUAGUAUAAUAAAGUUUUAAAUUGAUAUUGUGCCUAUUUGUGAUAUUUUAUGUAUUUUAUUAAAUAUUUUAUAUUUGUAAUAAAUAAUAUAUUAAUA